AGAGAGAGAGGGGGGGAGGGAGAGUGGGGUCUUCUCCGACGAGGAAAAGCGUAAAAACACAGUCAGCAACACGUUUCACGCGACGACGCGACAGCGAAAUCUGGAAUCUGAGUUACCGGAAAUGAUAAUAGAAAUGCGAAAACGGGUCGAUUCUCUGUCCGUAUCUGUCGAUGCUAAUGAAUGAAUCGUGUAUAUAUGUGUGUGUGUCAAUGAUGGAUUUGGAUAAAGUUCGAGAAUCCAGUCCGAGAUUCAAGGACCCACCCAGUAAGCCUUUUCCUUUGUAGUUUGUAUUACGUUUAAAAAUGUGGGUAAUUCUCUCUUCAACCCUCCAACACAAGAGGUCAAACAAUAAUCAUUUUUUGUGUUGGGUGGAGAAUCGACACGGGUCUUUCUCUGGUUUCUGCCAUUUUUUUCCCAGCCUUCCCCCCGCUCCGAGUUGUACUUCUGAAUCCCGGCUCAUUUCGUACAUCUAGAUCAGACCGCGGAACUGGGUCUUGAUUUGGUUCACAGCCUGAGGAGAGAGGAAGAGCCAUGUCUGGCUGUUCAUAUCUGAAAACUGGGGUUGGGGUUGGGGUUGGUGUCCAUGUCUCUGGGUUUUUCCCCGGAACCAAACACGGCUUUUCUGGGGUUUCCUCAUUUUCUCAGGAAAACAAAUCAAGAUCGAAACUUCUCUCGGUUUUGAACCUCGAUUUGAAAGAAACCUCCAUGGAUUCAUCAGAUUACAGCAGCCAAGCGCUAACUGCUUGCCCUUCCCCUGCAAAAACAUCAUCAAUGGUUAGAUGGUGCGAAAAGAAAUCAACACAAAACAUGUUAGAGAUCCGUUCUGCGCAGCAUCUUGUUGAUUCCUUGAUGAAUGCUGGUGAUCUAUUGGUUGUUAUUGAUUUCUACUCACCUGGUUGUGGCGGCUGCAAAUCCCUUCACCCAAAGAUUUGUCAGUUGGCUGAAUCAAACCCGGAAGUGCUGUUUCUGAAAGUGAACCAAGAUGAGCUCAGAACAAUGUGCCACAGCCUCAACGUUCAUGUUCUUCCAUUCUUCAGAUUCUACAGAGGAGCCGAUGGCAGACUCUGCAGCUUCAGCUGCACCAUCUCCACUAUCAGUAAGUUCAAGAAGGCAAUGGCGAAACACGGGAGCAAAAGAUGCAGCUUUGGACCGCCAAAGGGUCUGGACGAGAAAGAGCUCUUAGCCAUGGCAUCUGCAGGGGAGCUGCCAAUGGCAAUGAGUUCCAAGCUGCCAUUGUCACAGAAUGAGAUAAAAGUGCAAGAUUUGCUGACGCCGUCUGCGAGGUUCUCUUCUCUCGUUUACUUCAGUGAAACAGAGGAGCAACAGCCAAAGGCUAUUCUUUAGGGUUCAUUUCAUUCUUUAAAGAAUUUAUCCAAUGUAAUUAAUCUUCUUCUUGUGUAUUCAGAUGAUCUUCAGGUUCUUCCCCAUCUUUCCCUUGUCACCUGUACUAAUCCCCAGAUUGAAUGAUGAUGAUGUAUCAGAAAUUUCAACA